AUGUGGCUUUUCUGGCGCACUAGGAACCGCUUCUCCGUUGAGGAGCUCCGGUAUCUGACAGAUCAGCUGCAAAAGGUUCAUGUCGUCAACGAAGCUAAUCAGGAUUUCGUGAUUGAAGCAUUGAGAUCAAUUGCGGAGCUUAUGAUAUACGGGGACCAGCAUGAUCCUUCAAUUUUUGAGUAUUUUAUGGAGAAACAGAUCAUGGGUGAAUUCGCUCGUAUCCUAAGGAUCUCUAAUCUGUCAAGAGUGUUACUCCAGUUGCUGCAGACAAUGGGCAUCAUGAUCCAAAAUCUGAGAGAUGAACAUUCAGUUCAUUACAUCCUUAGCAGUGAGCACAUCAACUUCUUCAUCACGUACCCGUUCGAUUUCCGGAUCGAUGAGAUGUUAUCCUACUACAUAUCCUUUCUGCGGGCGAUAAGUGGGAAGCUGAACAAGGAUACAAUUUCUUUGCUGGCGAAGACGGAAGACGAUGAGGUCACUUCCUUUCCUCUCUAUGUGGAGGCUUUGAAGUUUGCCUUUCACCAGGAUAGCAUGAUUCGAGUUGCUAUUCGAACCUUGACACUCAAUGUCUAUCACGUUGGAGAUGAAUCUGUUAACAGAUUCGUUUGCCGUGUGCCUCUGUCAGACUAUUUUUCUCACAUGGUCCAGCAUUUUCAGAAGCAGUGCAUUGACUUGGAUAAGUCGGCCGCACGCUCCUCGCGAGUUGCAGAUUCUUCUCUGCCGGUGUCUUGUGUUGAAGAUGCGAUUGUGCAGAUUGAGGACACGCUGUAUUAUUUCAGUGAUGUUAUGUCUUCUGGUAUUCCUUAUCUUGAAAGGUUCAUCACUGACAAUAUCUUGCAAGCUCUGGUGUUUCGGUUAUUGCUCCCGUCAUUGCAGAGGCAGAGCGCAGAUUUGGACCUAAGUGUCACUACAUCCAUGUAUCUGCUUUGCUGUAUACUGCACAUUUUGAAGAAUAAGGAUAUGGCAAGUACUGUCGCUGCUGCACUUUUCCAUCAACCUGAUUGCCCUGAUGAUAUGAAGCGAAGGACACCUCCUAAUGGGUAUACAUCUGAGCAUGAUGAUUGCAAGUCUGAGAAUCAUUGCACCACGGCCUCUGUUGUCGAGCAAUCAAAUGAGGAUGAGCCAAAUUCUCUGUCUUCUGUUAGUUGGAAAUGCUUGCCCAACCAUUCACCGCCAAGUGAUUGCUGCCAUGGCAACACACCAAGGGAACACUUGCUGUCCUAUAUCACAGAAGGAGAUGAUUCACAAGCUUUGGGUUCAUUGUGCUUAUUCGCUACAUUAUUGCAGACGAAAGAACUUGACGAAUCAAUGCUGGAUGCACUUGGCAUCCUCCCUCAAAGAAAGCAGCAUAAGAAGCUUCUGUUACAAGCUUUAGUAGGUGAAGACCUUGAUGAAGGACAAUUAUUUUCAUCAAGCAGUGGUCUAAAUGAUGACAGCAUUCACAGUGAUUUUGAUAUUUAUAUCAAGGUUUCUGCAGAUGUUCGCUUAGUUGGUGGCUGGCUUUUCCGGCAACUGCUGUCCCAUGGAGAGGAAGAAUUCACUGCUUUUCAUCUAAGACGACUAAAGGAUUCAUACAAGGAUUGUAGCUCAAAGCUUUCAGAGGAAUCUGGAGGAUGCUGGUGCGACAUGCUUCUUCCUAUCAUUAAAGAGGCUUGGAGGAACUGCAAGAAAGAAAUUGAUGUAUCUUCUGUUGCCAUUGCAGAGGGAGUCUAUGAGAUAGUUAAGCAUUGCAUUCUUGCUAGUUGUAGAAUUACGAAAGCUGACGAAGACUGCCCAGAGGGAAGCCCAACAAAAUACUUAGAAUACCCUCCAUGCAUCUCCAAGGACAUAGAAACAUUUUGCUGGUGCAAGCAACCAAUGGGGAAAGAAGAGAUCGAUACUGGCAGAAUGGAGGAAUAUUCACACAGCUACACUGAACCGCUGAUGUUGACUGAUGACACAAAGGGAGGUUGUAGAAGGGAAACUUUCAGCAGCUAUAAGCUUCAACUGCUUACCGUGCUGAACAAUUGCUAUAAACUGCAACAGCUUAACAUGCUGAACACUUGA